AUGGGUGGUGAGGCAGAGAUCAAAGAACGUUUACAACCCAAAUCCGAAACAACGGAGAAAAAACAACACAACGUGAAAGGGAAGAAGCUCUGGCAGAAAGUCAAGUAUCAGCUCGUGGAGUAUCACGCCUUACCUGCUUACCUGCGUGACAACGAGUACAUCCUCGGCCAUUACAGAUCCGAAUGGCCCAUCAAACAGAUCCUCCUCAGCAUCUUCACUAUCCACAACGAGACCUUGAAUGUCUGGACGCACUUGAUUGGGUUUUUCCUGUUUCUAGCACUUACUAUAUACACAGCUACAAAAGUCCCUAGCGUUGUUGAUCUCCACUCUCUUCAACAUCGUUUACCUGACGUCUUGAGGAAAACAGAUCUUCACAAACUUCACUCUGACCUCAUGUCUCGUCUCCCUUCUUCCACUCCUUCCACUUGGCACGUCAUGGAGCUUCUCUAUAACUGUCUCCCUGAAAGAUUCUCUCACGGCAACUCCACCGACAUGUGUGUUCUGCAUUCUGUGAGGGAGGAUCUUGCAAACAUGAUUGCUCCUUUGAUUUUCAGACCGAUUACUCGUUGGCCCUUUUAUGCAUUCCUAGGCGGUGCUAUGUUCUGUCUAUUAGCAAGCAGCACCUGCCACCUCCUCUCUUGUCAUUCAGAGAGAGUCUCUUACAUAAUGCUUAGGCUUGACUACGCUGGAAUCGCUGCUCUGAUCGCCACUUCCUUCUACCCUCCAGUCUACUACUCUUUCAUGUGUGAUCCUUUCUUCUGUAACCUUUACUUAGGAUUCAUCACAGUCUUGGGAAUCGCCACGGUGCUUGUCUCGCUCCUUCCGGUUUUUCAAAGCCCUGAGUUUCGUGUUGUGAGAGCCUCUCUGUUCUUUGGAAUGGGAUUCUCUGGAGCGGCUCCGAUACUGCAUAAGCUGAUCAUCUUUUGGGACCAGCCUGAGGCGCUUCACACUACAGGGUAUGAGGUUUUGAUGGGGUUGCUUUAUGGGUUAGGAGCUUUGGUUUAUGCGACUAGGAUUCCUGAGAGAUGGAUGCCUGGUAAGUUUGAUAUUGCUGGACAUAGUCAUCAGUUGUUUCAUGUUCUGGUGGUUGCUGGUGCGUUUACACAUUAUAGAGCAGGGCUUGUGUAUCUCAAGUGGAGAGACAUUGAAGGUUGUUGAAGAUGAAGAUCAUAUUGAUGGAAUCUUUUCUUUUGUAGCUUCACUAAAAAAUUGGAUUGUGUAAAGUCUAUGUGUAACCAAAUGUUUUUCUUUUUAAUAUUCCCUUGAUCCAAACCCUAGCCAUAAUUCUUAACACUAGAUGGUUCUCUAUAUGAAAGGAAAACCAUAUGAAUAUAUAGCAUUAAGAAGAGGUUUAAUCGAAGUUGGUUAUAAUAUUCAAAAGAUUGUUG